AGAAGGGCUGUGCAAGCCUGCUGCUGAGAGCACAUCCUGUUUGUCAGGGCUUUGGGGUAGGAGACCUGGUGACACAGUAGCCUUCAGGCAGAGCUGCUCGGGAUGUGCAGGAAGUGUGGCUGCAGGUUUUGUCCGGGGGGGACAUCUGAGCUAUUUCUCCGGGGCCGGCUGUGUUUCAGAGCCUGGACAAGUGGCUGUUGAAUUUUGCACGGGCUGCCAGGAUUUUGUGGAAGUAUAAUACUUUGUCAUUAUGAGAUGUCGUCUCUCGGUACCUCCUUUGUGCAAAUUAAAUUUGAUGACUUGCAGUUUUUCGAAAACUGCGGCGGAGGAAGUUUUGGGAGUGUCUAUCGAGCCAAAUGGAUAUCACAGGACAAGGAGGUGGCUGUGAAGAAGCUACUCAAAAUAGAGAAAGAGGCAGAAAUACUCAGUGUCCUCAGUCACAGAAACAUCAUCCAGUUUUAUGGAGUAAUUCUUGAACCUCCCAACUAUGGUAUCGUCACAGAAUAUGCUUCUCUGGGAUCACUCUAUGAUUACAUUAACAGUAACAGAAGUGAAGAGAUGGACAUGGAUCACAUUAUGACCUGGGCCACUGAUGUAGCCAAAGGAAUGCACUAUUUACACAUGGAGGCUCCUGUCAAGGUGAUUCACAGAGAUCUCAAGUCAAGAAAUGUUGUUAUAGCUGCUGAUGGGGUGUUGAAGAUCUGCGACUUUGGCGCCUCUCGGUUCCACAACCAUACAACACACAUGUCCUUGGUGGGAACUUUCCCAUGGAUGGCACCAGAAGUUAUCCAAAGUCUCCCUGUGUCUGAAACUUGUGACACAUAUUCCUAUGGUGUGGUUCUCUGGGAGAUGCUAACAAGGGAGGUCCCCUUUAAAGGUUUGGAAGGAUUACAAGUAGCUUGGCUUGUAGUGGAAAAAAACGAGAGAUUAACCAUUCCAAGCAGUUGCCCCAGGAGUUUUGCUGAACUGUUACAUCAGUGUUGGGAAGCUGAUCCCAAGAAACGGCCAUCUUUCAAGCAGAUCAUUUCGAUUCUGGAGUCCAUGUCGAAUGACACGAACCUUCCUGACCAGUGUAACUCAUUCCUGCACAACAAGGCAGAGUGGAGGUGCGAAAUCGAAGCAACUCUUGAGAGGCUGAAGAAACUAGAACGUGACCUCAGCUUUAAAGAGCAGGAGCUCAAAGAACGAGAAAGGCGUCUGAAGAUGUGGGAGCAAAAGCUGACGGAGCAGUCCAACACCCCGCUUCUCUUGCCUCUUGCUGCAAGAAUGUCUGAGGAGUCUUACUUUGAAUCUAAGACAGAGGAGUCAAACAGUGCAGAGAUGUCAUGUCAGAUCACAGCAACGAGUAACGGGGAGGGCCAUGGCAUGAACCAAAGUCUGCAGGCCAUGAUGCUGAUGGGCUUUGGGGAUAUCUUCUCAAUGAACAAAGCAGGAGCUGUGCUGCAUUCUGGGAUGCAGAUAAACAUGCAAGCCAAGCAGAAUUCUUCCAAAACCACAUCUAAGAGAAGGGGGAAGAAGGUCAACAUGGCCCUGGGGUUCAGUGAUUUUGACUUGUCAGAAGGUGACGAUGACGAUGACGAUGAUGAGGAUGAGGAUGGUGAUGAGGAUAAUGACGUGGAUAAUAAUAGUGAAUGAAAGCGCAAAGCAAAGUAAUACAAUUGAAAAUGUUUGGGAAAACAAAAGGAACUUGUUAUCUCAGUCUGUACAAAAACCAGUAAGGAGGUAGAAACCCAAGCACUGCAUUUUUAGGCCAAUCACAUUUAUACGACAGUCAUUUCUUUACGAUUUUACUUUUGAUUUGUCUUUGCUUAUAGUAAAAGGGGGGAAGGGAAGUAAACCCAAAAGGUCUAGUUCAUGAAUCAGCAAAUGUGGUGCCUGAUUAUAGAAAUUUGUGAUUCUAUAUGCAAUAUCGUGUUUUUUAACUAAUGACAUUUCUGGCUUUUUUUUUAAUGAAUAUAGUUUGUGUUUGAUUUCAUUUGACUUAAUUUCAUUUGAGCAAUCUUCAGUUGCUUUUAAAAAAUACGUAGAUUUUGAACAAGGACUCAACUCCUAAUUCUUCUUUGACUUUGGGUUUUCUUGUAAGACACUACUUUUUUUUUUUUUUUUUCUUAAUGGCAAUGUACCACACUGUCAGAGAAGAUUGUGGCUACAAAACCCAACAAAAAUACUGAAAUGAAAGGCGGUUAUAGCAAAUACUUCUUUAGAAAUACCGAAGUGCUAAGUGUAUUUUUAAUACAUAAUAGCACAGCUACUGAAAGUAAAACUCAAGAGUUGUUCUCAAAAAGUGCAUUUACAGGAGAAAUACUCUCAUUUGAAACAAACAACAGAUGUUGAAGGCUUUCAUACCAACGCUCGCCCUAGAAGCUUCUUCACGACAAACUUCACCUAAGGCUUAGCUUAUACUUUAUACAAAGAGAAAUAUAUGGUCUUAAAGGUAUACUUCCAGGCAGUGUGAGUGUUAAUACAGGGCAGGAAGGGUGUGUGUAUGUGUGUUUGUUGUCCAGAGGGGCAUGAGAAUCCUGGAUUCUAAAUACAUGUAAAGAUAGGAGUUCCCAUCCUGGCUCAGCAGAAACGAAUCUGACUAGCAUCCAUGAGGACGCAGAUUCAAUCCCUGGCCUCACCCAGUGGGUUAAGGAUCUGGCAUUGCCAUGAGCUGUGGUGUAGGUCACAGACUCAGCUCGGAUCUGGCAUUGUUGUGGCUGUGGAGUAGGCCAGCAGCUACAGCCGAGUCUAACCUAGAUAAGCUAUCCUUACUUAGGCACAAGUGCAGGAUGAAGGGUCCCUUUUAUAUUAGAUCUGGCCUUCCAGGCGUGUCUUUUUUUUUAACCCUGACUCAGCCACGCUAGUGUGAAAGAGAAGUGAAUGUAGGUGCUGCUCUGAAAACCUAGCUAGCCAGAGAGAUAUUCUAAGAAUGUUAUCACAGAUUUGUCAGAGCUCGUUUAAACUAUAAAACACUUUUAAAAAGAACUAUAAAACACUUGUAGUUAUAUAUAUACAGAAAGGCAAAAGAACAAAGACUUUUUUCUACCCUAAAUUAGAAAGCAGUGCCAUUCAUUUGACUGUUAAACCAAAGUACUUUUGGUGGUUCUUUUUACAGAAGAUUUAAGAAAGAGUAUCAUCACUGACAUUAUCUAAUACUAUUUCCAAGUUUAUUUGAUCAUAAAAACUUCUUAGAAUUUGAAGCAUGACAUGCUUCCAACCCUGUUAAGGGCAAAAAAUACCAUAAAAUGGUCACUACACCGUGCCAGCUUUAUUUGGAGAAAAAUAACUUAUAAAAUAUUCUGGGUGUGAAAUGUAGACCAGUCUAUAUUGAAUAGUGAUAAAGAGAAGGAUCUGAAGUCAGAGCAUGAUUCACAAUUGCCGUGCAAUCUUGAGCAAGUUAUUUAACUUUUGUGUCCCUUUGCUCAUCUUGAACAUGAGAAUGAUAAUAGUACCUACUUCAAAGGAUUCUUGUGAGGAUUAAGUGAAAUGAUACAUGUUAAGCAUUUAACACAGUACCAGGCCCAUGGUAAGUAGUCAGCUAGUGUUAGCUACUCUUAACUAUGCCAGGGAAAAUACACUGGGAAAUAAGUGGUUUCCAUAACCUGGAAAACUAAACUAUCAAUUUCAAGUGCUAUUUGUUGGGUAGAAUAGGGUGAAAAUUAAAGUGAAUAGCUCUCAGGAAAGAUGAAGAGAACAUCUUUAGAAUGGAAGCUAUAUAAGUAGAUCUAUUCUGUCAUUCUGUGAAGACCAUGCUAGUGGCAAGGUUUGCUUAGUCUGAAGUAUUUGCCAGCCUUGCCACCACCCAUGGUCCAGAAAAACACUCUGCCUAGAAGAUGGGUUCCUCUCAUACCCAAUUGGAUAUUUUUCUUGUGUCUAUGCAAACAUAGAUACAUACACACCACAAUAGAGUGCUGAUGACAAACAGGUGCAAACAUAAAUAGGCAUCCUGUCGGUGCUCAGACCUAGAGGAGUCUGGCCUGAUUCAAGCUGAGCCACUCAAACAGAAGAUCUCAGAGUGAAGCAGAAGGGAUGGCCUUCAGCUCUUGCCUUCUCAGCAUGCCAUGGGGCUCUGCAGCCAUGCAACCUGAAAGAGCACCAAAGACCAGAUGGUUCAAAGCCUCUUGUAUCUCAUCUGUUCAGGCCAAGGUCAAGUCAGCUAUCCCACCAGUACUCAUUGAGCCCCUUCUCUGUCCCCAUUACCAUUCUAGGGAGCAGCUAGAUGAAAAUCUUUACACUCAUGGAGCUUCCAUGCUACGGAGCGGAGAUGGACAAUAAACAGACCAAAUGCAUCAUACAGUAACACUGGAUAAGGGCACGUGGGGAAACCAGCGGGGAGGGAGGAUGAGGCCCAUGCUGUGCUGUGGACUUUAAGGUGUGGUCAGGAAAGGCCUCACUGCUAAUGGAAUUUCUAUGGGCUAAUUUUGGGAUCUGUGUGCCUUGUGUGAGAAUGUGUGCCCUGGCUCUCAUUUGAGAGUAACCAGCAAUAAAUGUAGAACAUACGAAA